UGGAGCGUAAAAGAAAAAGAAAUGAAAUACAUACCCCACCAAUAGCAAAUAAAGUUAACAAAAAAAAGGUUUCAAAUACGAAAUAAUCAUCAACUGCGUUUUGAAAUUCAGAACAAAGCCCAAAAAUUUUUGCACUAUAUGGAUCUUUGCCGAUGAUCUUGCCCGUUAUCCAGCUACUUCUAUAGUUUACAGUCACUUGUUUCUUCUCUCUUUCUCUGGCCUUGCUUAUUCAUUUUCUCUACCACUGAAAGAAAUCUAUAAUGGAAUUACCAGAGGAAUGCUGGGAAUCAAUUUUCAGUUUCUUAGAACACCAUCGCUAUUUCGAGCCUCUUUCUUUGGUCUGCAACCGAUUUCUUUCCAUCACCAAUCAUCUCCGUCGGACUCUCACAAUCACUGACCCAACCCUGGAAUCCCUCCCUCGUCUCCUCCUCCGCUUCCCGAACCUAACAACGAUCGUUUUCCGUGACUUCCACGGGAAUCUCGAUUCUGUUCUUUCCCAGAUUUCGCAGUCUGGGUUGCCCUUGAAAUCCCUCGACGUUUCAAACCAGAAGAGUUUUCCUCUGUUGGGUUUGAAACAGUUGGGUUCCAAGAUGAAGAAUUUGACGGAAUUGAAUUGCUCAAACAUUGGGUCUUUGAAAGACUCUGAUUUGAUUGAGAUUGGGAAUUGUUUCCCUUUUCUUGAAGUGGUGGAUAUUAGCUACCCUGACCUUGGAUCCGGGUUUUCCCCUAACCGAUCGGUGGAUUCGAAAAGUUUUCCGAGUUUGGUUACCGAUUAUGGGAUCCUUGGUUUGGCCUCAACGCUCAGAAGAUUGCGAAAGAUUGAUCUUUCUGGUAAUACCUUUAUAACCGAUCAAGCUCUUGUUAGUUUGUCGUUGAAUUGUUUGUUUCUGAGUGAAAUUGGGAUUCGUGAUUGCGAUUUUAUUACCCAGAAUGGAAUUGCUUUGACUAUGUGUACAAGUGGUAAUUUGAAGUCGAUUUUCAUGAAUGGAAUUGGAAUUCCAUCUAUAGAUGUAUGUUUUAAGGAUUCGUUUGCAUAUGCGAGAAGUUUAUGCGAGCUUGAUCUCUCCAAUUCCUUUAUAUCUGAUGAAUUGUUGUGUUCAGUUGCUGAAGCAUGCCUUCCAUUGCAUAAGCUUGUUCUCUCUCGUUGCGUUUGUUUUACAUUUGAUGGGAUUUAUCUUCUUUUAUCUAAGUACCAGUUUCUUACGUACUUAGAUCUUGAAGGAGCAAAUUUUCUCAAUGAUGAGUCCAUGUUAGAAUUAACAAAGUUUCUUGCUAAUUUAACCUUUAUAAACCUUAGUCUAUGCUCCAAGCUAACGAGUUCAACCUUCUUCAAUCUCACAAGGAACUGUCCUUUGCUAAGCACUAUCAAUAUGGAGAGAACAAAUCUAGGGGUUGAAGAAUUUCCAACUGAAAUUGUGGUGAAUCCUCGAGUCAAGUCAUUACACUUUGCUUGGAAUAAUAGUUUGAAUGAUGAAUGCAUAAAAAUGGCAGCACAUGUUUGCCCUAAUAUAGAAGUGCUUGAUGUUACCUAUUGCUCGGGUAUUACAGAAGAAGGCAUCUUGGCUGUUUUGAAGAGUUGUUUGCAGAUUAGGUGCUUAGAGAUUAGUAGAUGCGAAGGGGUUAAGAAUCUUGAAAUCGACUUUGAACUUCCUAAACUAGAAGUUUUAGAGGCAGAGGGGUUGGGAAUUACCGAUGAAGCAUUGACUUUGAUUGGGAAGAGUUGUUGUCGGCUAUCACAUUUGAAUUUGGAAGGUUGCUUGAAUGUGACUGCAAGAGGAGUUGAAGGUGUGGUUGUAAAAUGCAAAGCAUUGAAAGAAAUGAAUUUGAGAUGGUGUAAUAAUGUGAGUGUAGAUAUUGUAGUUUGGAUGGUGCUUUCAAGGCCAUCUUUGAGAAAAAUUACCCCGCCAUGUGGUUCUGUACCUACUGUAAACCAAAGGGAAUUUUUCUUGCGCCAUGGAUGUUUAGUUCGUAAAGGAUAGCUUUUCCACAGAAAUUAAAUAUCAAUGUGUGCAAGUGCAUGUUCUAGUAAUUUGUUCUAGGCAACUAUAAGUAUUUGUUAUUAGUUUCAAAUCAUACACUGUUGUAGCAAAUUCAAAUACAAGAAGAGUUCAAGAGUGAAGUAGUCUUGUGUGAAAAAUAAGAAAUGAGUUUGAAUAGUAGUGAUUUGUAAUAGUAUGGUGAGUUUCGAUAAUGAGUUGUAACAGUAAAUAUCUUUUACCAUUCAAAAUACUAUUGGUACUCUCCAUAUUCUACAGAUUCAGUGUUCUAAUUUAUUUGUUCCGUUGAUUUAUUUAGAAUGGCGGGUUGGUUGUAAUAGAUCACUUUACUCUUAUUCGAGGGGUCAUUUGUUAAGUGUGCUUGAUGGCUCAAGUUUUUCUGCACGGGAAAUGCAUUUGUGAGUUAAUUUGCUCUCUUGCAAACAUGUGUCUGUUUUCACAAUAAAUUUUAG